GCGUCUCCCACAACCCCACCUUGUCUCCACACGGCCACCAUGUGACUUUGUGACCUUCCUCCCAUGCCAAGAAGAUGUGGUUGUUCCAUUCCCACUUAAGUCUCCCACCUCUGCUUCCUCCUCUUCACUUGUGGUUGAUAUAUAUCUCAAAGAAGCCUCUCACAGCAUUUUAAUCCUCAGUCUCUUUACCAAAAUCCUUGCUCAGAUCUGCAAAUCCUUGCCAAUGGCCUCUUUGUCAUUUUCCACCGCCAUCCUGUUGUUGCUGCUCUUCCUUCAUGUUAGCUUCACUAUUUCCUCCUCGUCCUCCUCGGUCACCGGCACCACUGGUUCUCCCAAGUCACAAAAGGCGCAACUUUUGAGCAAAAGGUCUGUGAUCGACGCGGUAGAAGGUGGUGGAAAGGCGCAGGAUCCUGCAGCUACCAAGCAAAAAGCAAGCUUGGGGACCAAAAACGAGACGAAGCUCUUGAAGCCCAAGAAAGCCAACUCCACCGCCAUUAUUUCCGCUGGUUCCAAGAUCGCCGCCGACGCCACUGCCACCGCCAAGAUUAAGCUAGGUAAAACCCUCAAUGCCACCCUGAAAGCCUCGAAUUCGACCAAGCUUCUCAAGGCAGUCAAGCUAAGUAAGUUGAAUUCCACUAAAUCGUCCAGCGACAAGCUCAAAUCCCUCAAUACCACCUCCAGUUCGACCAGAUCUUCCAAAAAGUUAGGUCUUGAUUCGCCCAUUGCCAAAAAUAAGACCGCACCCGUCAAGGCGCCCAAGGCGCAACAACCCACCAAGGAGGCUCCGGUGAAGAAGCCGCCGGCGGCGAAGGAAAAGGUGAAGAUGGCGGCGAAGCAAAAGGUGAAGUCGGAGGAGUUGACCACCUGGCUAGAGACGGAGGACGACCUGGACAGCGCGGAUCUCAUCUCAGAGUUCCGGGAGCUCCCCUCCCGCCUACUCCCAGAUCUGGAGCGCCUCUCCACCACCUCCAAGGCCUACAUCUCCGCCGCCAACAAAGGCAUCGCGGAAGGCGUCAAGCCGUAUGUCGGCAAGAGUUUCGCCCCCAAGCUCGCCCCCGUGCUCUCCUCCCUCUUCCUCGUUCUCCCCUUGCUCCUGCUUACCCUCCUCUUCAGCCGCCUCCGCUCCUACCUCUCCCUCCACCGCCUGCUUCUCUUCAUCCAGGCCUACCUCGCCAUCUACUUCGCCACCCUCGCGCUGACCGCCCUGGUGACGGGGCUCGAGCCACUCCGCUUCUUCUACGCCACCUCGCCGGGAUCCUACACCUGGACGCAGGCGGCACAAACAAUGGGCUACCUAAUCUACCUGGUGCUCCAACUGUCCAACCUAGUCUCCGUGUUCUCCGGCGACAAGGACACCGCCCCCGCCGCAUCGCGGGCGCUCGCCCUGGCGCAGAUGGUGAUCGGCCUGGCGCUCGGCAUCCACUACUACGCUGCGGUCUUCCACCGCGCCGUGAGCGGCGAGCCGCCGCGCGCCAACUGGCGCGUGCACAGCGUCUACGCCGCGUGCUUCCUCGUGAUCUGCGCGUGCGCACGCGCCGAUAGGAGGAAGAAGGCGUACUACGAGGGAGGACAAGACGGUAAGAAUAAUUAAAUUCGAGAUCCGCAAUGCAAAAAAAAAAACCCUUUCAGAGUUUCAGUUACAGGGGCAUAAUCGAAAAAAAACGGAGAAGUUGAAA